UUGAUUAAAAAUUUAAAUCAAGUAGUUUUUGCUGAAAGUGAAGUCUAUGACUCUCUACUUUUAAAUUGUUCUUCCUCCCAGGAAUAAAUUAUUAGCAGCAGCUUAUUUACGGGAAUUAAGCCUGCAUCGGUAUUCAGAACUUUCAAGUUCAGUGUCAUAGUUGCAUCCGUCUGAGUGAUAACGCUGCGGGAGUGUAAAUCGUGCAACUGAACGCUGCACACGAAUCGUGACCAGACAGUGAUUGUUGAUUUUAACUGUGAUCUUUCAUUCUGUUGUGAUCCGUCAUCUCUGUACUUCAUGGCCAGCGGAGCCAACACCGCCCCUUUGGGGCGCCUCGCCAACGCCUCGGCCCCGGUGGCGACGGGCGGGAGUCUGCUGAAGCCGGACUAUCUGUCGACGUCGUCGCCUGUAGCAGGCGCAGGCGUCGUGCACGGACCCGUCCGCCCCACCAGCCGUUUCAGCAGCGCCCCGCCACCGCCCCCGCCUCCGGCCCCCGUGGUCCCCGAUGAGCAGGAAAAGAAGAGGAGCUCCACGUAUGAGGAUGACCAUAAGGAGCGGGAUCGGUCGUCGCGGGAUCGCGACAGGGACAGGGAACGCGAUCGGGAGCGGGACAAAGAGCGCGAGAAGGAGCGCGAACGGGAUCGUGAGCGGGACAGGGAUAGGGAGCGCGAAAGAGAACGCAGGGAACGCGAGCGACGGUUCUGGCGCGGCGAGAAGAGUCGCGAUUCUGUUAGCUCGCGGGAUUACCCCGAUGAUUAUGACCGCGAUUCACGGGAUUCUGGCUACGAUCGAGAGGACGAGACUUACUCGCACGUGAAGAGCGCCGUCUCGGCGCUGGCCCAGUCGACGGCCAUAAAAUCCAACUCGGGCAGUCGCGAGGGCUCGCAGGAGGCCCAGAAGCCCCGGAAGCGCUCCCGCUGGGCGGAGGCCACCGAGCAGCGCGCCUUCAUCCCGGGAAUGCCCACCAUCAUCCCCACCAACAUGACGAAGGAGCAAGAACGCGCCUACCUCCUCCAGCUGCAGAUUGAGGAUAUCUCCCGUAAGCUGCGUAGCGGAGAUUUGGGAAUAUCAUCCAUUCCAGAAGAAAGGUCGCCAUCCCCGGAGCCUAUUUACAAUCACGAGGGCAAGCGGAUGAACACGCGAGAUAUGCGGACACGGAGAAGACUGGAGGAUGAUCGGCAUAAACUGAUUGUGGAGAUGUUCGAUCUAAAUCAGGAUUAUAAACCGCCGCCGGAUUAUAAGGCCCCAGCGGCUAAAUUCACGGAUAAGGUUUUGAUUCCACAAGAGGAGCAUCCGGAAAUUAACUUUGUGGGAUUACUGAUUGGGCCGCGCGGAAAUACACUGAAAUCAUUAGAAAAGGAGACUGGUACGAAAAUCAUCAUUCGAGGAAAGGGCUCUGUGAAAGAAGGGAAAAUCGGACGGCCCAACCGUGAUCCGCUGCCGGGCGAAGAUGAGCCGUUGCACGCGUACAUUACCGGUCAGACGCCGGAAUAUGUUCGCGGCGCUGUGGAAAAGAUUAAAACCAUUUUACUGGAAGGCAUCGAAGUGCCCGAGCAUCAGAAUGAUUUACGGAAGCAGCAGUUGCGAGAAUUGGCGCUGCUGAACGGGACGCUGCGGGAUGACAUGGCGCCGCGCUGCAGCAACUGCGGUUCCACGGCACAUCGCACCUGGAACUGCCCGGAUAAGCCGAACAUCACGCAUAGUGUUAUUUGCACGCGAUGCGGCGGCGCCGGACAUAUCGCGAAAGAUUGUAAAGCGGAAAUCACCCCAGGAGACACCAGCACGGCCAAUAUGGAUGACGAGUAUUUAUCGCUGAUGGCGGAACUGGGACAAGGCCCUGCUCCACCCAAAUCCAAACCAGCUCCCGCACCGGCCCACGCACCCACCCCCUCGAACACAUCCUUCUCGGCUGUUCCUCCGCCGCCGCCGCCACCUAGCGCCCCGGCUGCCGCUUCUUUCGCUCCGCCGGCAUCCUAUGGGCCUCCACCGGCCCCUCCGGCGCCGGUCAUGCACAGCUGGACGCCGCCGGCCGCUCCCCCGGUCCAGCAUCACGCACCUUCUUACGGCAUGUACAAUCCCUACGGGAUGGGCCCCUCGCCGGCCGUGGGCGGCUGGAAUAUGGCGCCACCACCCCCGCCGCCGCCCCCGGGGAUGGGCAUGCCCACGAUGGCCUCCUCGCUGCCGCCGCCGCCGCCUCCACCACCCCAGAUGCCCAGUUAUGCGCAGCAGCAGACGUGGAUGAUGCCGCCUCCACCACCUCCCCCUCCGUCGUAAUACUACAGUUUCUUCGUGUUAUCGCUGUUUUCGCAUUGACUGAAUUUGUUCCGUACAUCUUUGGACUAAAUUAUCUCGCAUGCCUUUCGGAAAUGGGUGCUUUAGAAACCUUUGUUCUCUUGUGCAUUAAUUAGUUAGUAUUUGCCACAAUUUGCUGUUUUUUCGCAUUAUUAACAGUUUAAAAGGGUAAUUUCUUUUCUUGUCUAGUGAUUUGCAACACAUAUUUCGGCAUAAAGAAGUCAUGAUAU